AUGGCUUUAAUAGCUGAAGCAUAUUUCAGCAAACUUGUGUCCGUGGAUUUUUUGACUAAAAAACUAUCCAUGUCUGUUGGCGAUAUUGAAAAUUAUCUUAAUGACGAAUGCCCAGGACUUGGUUCUGAAGAAGCUGGAUUGUCCGAUAAGUGCAAAGGAUGUCCAAAUCAAGCUGAAUGUUCUAGUGGAAACGCGGAGUCUAAAGCAGAUUUACACGAAAAAUUGACUCGCGCAAUUAGUGAGAAAUUCUUAAAUGUAAAGAAAGUGUUUUUAUCCAUGUCCGGUAAAGGAGGCGUUGGGAAAAGUUCAAUAGCAGUGCAAGUUGCUUAUGAACUAGCAGAGCGAGGUUUCAAGGUUGGCUUACUUGACAUUGACAUUUGCGGACCUAGCAUCCCGAGAAUGUCAAAUACAGCUGACAAAGAUGUCAUCAAACUUGCUUCUGGUUGGCAACCAAUCAAAGUGUCGGAAAAUUUAAAGGUCAUCUCCGUUGGCCAUUUACUAAAUAACGAAAAUGAAGCAAUCAUUUGGCGAGGCCCAAAGAAGUCAGCGUUAAUUAAACAAUUUUUGAUAGACGUCAACUGGGGUGAUUUAGAUUAUCUAAUGAUCGACACGUCGCCCGGUACUUCUGACGAACAUUUGUCAAUAGUUAGUUAUUUACAAAAAAUCAAUAACAUUCAAGCAAUUAUAGUUACACUGCCGCCGAAAGUUUGCAUUUUGGAUGUUAAAAAGCAAAUCAACUUUUGUUACGCCACUGGUUUGAAAAUUUGUGGAAUCGUAACCAACAUGCAUAACUUUACUAACGCUCAUAACCAAAUAACAAACCCUAUGAUUCCACCACAAUAUGCGAAUAAUGACAUUAAUAAUAUUCCUCAAAAUCAGGCUGUACAAAAUCUUCAAGCUCUUUUUGGGGCUAUACCGUCUUCCCCGCGUAACAAUAACACCGUAAGUGUUAAUUCAACGUAUCAACAAAAUUAUUCAGAUAUUAUAAAGAACUUUGACCUAGGACUAAUGAAUCAAGUUCCUUUGAAUAACGAAAAUUUUAAUACAAGGAUGAAUCCGAUUUACCAGAAUCAACAACAAGAUUUCACUCAAGGUCAGACAUCGAAUAUUGUUAGUCAAAUGUUUCCUGGAGAUGUGUUUAACGUCCCUUCAAAUCAUCCUGUUAAUAUGACAGAACCCGCUUUUAUGACUCCGGAUGCCAGCCAUCUAACACUAGGUCUAAAUAUAAACUCCUCUUCUGUUGUAACAAAGCAAUUGUCGGCGCAGUAUAUGCAAGCACAGUUAGGACUCCAACCACCACAGCAGCCGCACCACCAAUCGCAAUUUCAACCACAACAACACCCUCAAUCUCAAGCUGACUAUUCUCAUCAGCAACAAGCUCAACCAGAUUUCCUAUCUUACGAGCAAACACAACCGGAUUACAAACCUACAAAAGAAUCCCAGUUACCAUCACAAUUCCAGCAGCAAACUCAAUCUGAUAUCCAACUUCAUGAGCAAGCACAACCAGAUUAUACACCUACAGGGGAAUCUCCGUCACCAUCUCAAUUCCAACAGCAAACUCAACCAGAUAUUCUACCUCAAGAGCAAACUCAACCGAAUCAUACACCUACAGGAGAAUCCCAGUUACCAUCUCAAUUUCAGCAACAAGCUCAACCAGAUAUCCCAUCCCAUGAGCAAACACCACCGGAUUAUACACCUACAGAGGAAUCUCAGUUACCAUCUCAACCCCGACAACAAGCUCAACAGGAAUCAUAUUAUGAACAUAUGUCUCAACAAGUAUCACGUCUAGAAGAUGAAUCCAACCACAAGCAUUUGCAAAACCAGUCCGAUUAUCUAGACCAACUAUUGGGCUCACAGCCUGAGCUGAAAUGCCAACAUCAAUCGCCACCGCGAAAACCGUUACUAUCACCACAUCAAGCUAGACGAAGGUCUAUAAAAACUAAUGUAAAUUUUGACGAUUCAUAUGACACCGAACCCACUGAAUCAUAUUGUCAAUGUUUCGCAAGAACUGCAUUACCAACUAAACGCAAAUCCAUUGUUUUAAGUGAAGCAACCAAAACGACACUUAUUAAUACUUCGGUUUUACAUAGUAGCUAA